CGGGGUUCGCUCGGGCGGGAGGGCGCUCGGGCUGGAGGCCGCUCUGCCGGGAGGGGGCGGGCGCGGGCGCCGUCUGCUCGGGGGUUGCGGACCCGGGCUCCCGCCUGCGCCGCGCCUAGCUCGGCUGUUCCAUGCGGCUCCGGUGGGGAUGGAGGACUCGGUGGCGGCGGCGGCUGCUGCGGCGGCGGCGACGGAGGAGCGGCUCUGAGGAGGGCACGGCGGGAUUGGAGUUCUCCAGAAUACACGUCAUAUAGCUCCUGAGGUGGAACGGUGAUGUCUCGGUGAGGGAACCUCCUCUCAAUCAUCGUGUCAUGUGUUCAUACUGUCCUUGACCGGGCCAUUCAUCUAGGAUGGGAUUUACCCUGUGAAACGGGGAAGACUUAUGGACCCCAAGCAUCAUUUCAAGUUAUAGUUGUUUUUUUUUUUUUUAAAGUACAGACAUACAUGCAAAGCUCUUUUGCUUUGGACCCUCUGCUUUAUUAAAGCUGCUGUAUUGCACAUCCAGAACCUUUCCAGCCUUUUGACCCCUCACCAUGGCUUCAGUUUGGAAGAGACUGCAGCGUGUGGGAAAACAUGCAUCCAAGUUCCAGUUUGUGGCCUCUUACCAGGAGCUGAUGGUUGAAUGUACAAAGAAAUAGUAGGCAACCAGAUAAACUGGUGGUAGUUUGGACAAGAAGAAGCCGAAGGAAGUCUUCUAAGGCUCAUAGCUGGCAACGUGGAAUAAAAAAUCCAUACCAUGGUGUUGUUGUUUGGCCUGUUCCUGAAAACACUGAAAUUACUGUAACACUUUUUAAGAAAUUGUAAACCAGUUGAAUGCUCUGAGCAGCUUAGAUGAAGAUCAAGAUGACUGCAUAAAGCAAGCAAAUAUGCCUUCAGCUAAAUCAGCCAGUCCCUCUGAAGAACUUAUCAACACACUUAACUUUUUGGAUGAAGCAUGGAAGGACUUGGCUACUGUGAAUACAAAUCCAUUUGAUGAAUCUGAUGUAACAGAAUUGAAUCCAUUUGGAGAUCCUGACUUAGAAGAACCAAUCACUGAAACAGCUUUACCCCAAAACACAGAAGAAUCUUUUUAUAAUAACAGCUAUAAUCCCUUUAAAGGUGUGCAGACUUCACAGUGUUUGAACCCAUUUGAUGAACCAGAACCUUUUGUUACUAUAAGGGAUUCUCCACCCCAGUCUACGAAAAGAAAAACUGUAAGACCUGUGGACAUGAGCAAGUAUCUCUAUGCCGAUAGUUCUAAAAGUGAAGAAGAGUUAGAUGAAUCAAAUCCUUUUUAUGAGCCUAAGCCAACUUCUCCAAAUAGUUUGGUAAAUGCAGUUCAAGAAGGGGAAAGAGAAAGGAGAGUGAAAAGAAAGGCUCCAGCCCCGCCGAUCCUUUCACCGAAGACAGGAGGAAAUGAAAACCUUGUUUCUGCAGGAAGAGAUCACUCUACUUCUCCUAAGCCAAGCCCAAUACCAAGUCCUAUUCUGGGGCAAAAGCCAAAUGCUAGUCAGUCAUUGCUUGUAUGGUGCAAAGAAGUCACAAAAAACUACCGGGGAGUAAAAAUCACCAACUUUACUACAUCAUGGAGAAAUGGUUUAUCUUUUUGUGCAAUAUUGCACCACUUUAGACCAGACUUAAUUGACUACAAGUUUCUGAAUCCUCAAGAUAUUAAAGAGAACAACAAAAAGGCUUAUGAUGGAUUUGCCAGCAUUGGAAUUUCCCGUUUAUUGGAACCUUCUGAUAUGGUUUUAUUAGCAAUCCCUGACAAACUGACUGUUAUGACUUAUCUCUAUCAAAUAAGGGCACAUUUUAGUGGUCAAGAAUUAAAUGUGGUUCAGAUAGAAGAAAACAGCAGUAAAAGCACAUAUAAAGUUGGAAAUUAUGAAACAGAUACAAAUAGUUCUGUUGAUCAAGAAAAAUUCUAUGCGGAACUUAGUGAUCUGAAGCGGGAGCCUGAACUACAGCAGCCUGCCAGUGGAGCAGUCGACUUAUCGCAGGAUGAACCUUUGUUUAUAACUGAUAGUGGCGUUGGAGAGUCAGAAAGUGAACAUCAGACUCCUGAUGAUCACCUUAGUCCAAGCACAGCCUCCCCUUACUGUCGCAGGACUAAAAGUGACACGGAACCCCAAAAGUCCCAACAGAGCUCUGGAAGGACUUCAGGAUCUGAUGACCCUGGAUUAUGCUCUAAUACUGACUCAACCCAAGCACAAGUUUUAUUAGGCAAGAAGAGACUAUUGAAAACUGAGACCUUAGAAUUAAGUGACUUAUAUAUCAGUAGUAAGAAGAAGAAUGUGUCUCCAACCUCAAUUUGUGAGGAGUCAGACCAACAAAACAACAGUAGUGACCUGGAGCAAGAAAAGCUAGAGAAUUCCAGACCUUUAGAAUGCAGAUCAGAUGGUGAAUCACCUAUCAAGAAACCAAGUUUAUCCCCUACAGCUAACCUUGGAUACUCAUGUAGUAGAGAUACAGACCUCACGAAAAAAACACAUGCUUCUCUGAGGCAUACAGAGUCUGAUCCAGAUGCUGAUAGAAACACUUUAAAUCAUGCAGAUCACUCUACCAAAACAGUCCAGCACCGAAUGUUGUCCCGACAAGAAGAACUUAAAGAAAGAGCAAGAGUUCUGCUUGAGCAAGCAAGAAGAGAUGCAGCUUUAAAGGCAGGGAGUAAGCAGACCGCCAGCACAGCUCCCCCACUCUGCAGCAGGCAGCUGAAUGAUCAGCAAGAUGAAGAGCGGCAUCGGCAGCUGAGAGAGAGAGCUCGUCAGCUAAUAGCAGAAGCUCGAUGUGGAGUGAAGAUGUCAGAACUUCCCAGCUACAGUGAAAUGGCUGCAGAAAAGUUGAAAGAAAGGUCAAAGGCAUCUGGAGAUGAAAAUGAUAAUAUUGAGAUAGACACUAACAAGGAGAUCCCUGAAGGCUUUGUUGUAGGAGGUGGAGAUCAACUUACUAAUAUAGAAAAUGACCUUGAUACUCCUGAACAAAAUAGUAAGUUGGUGGACUUGAAGCUGAAGCAGCUCUUAGAAGCUCAGCCACAGGUGGCAACUUCACUUUCCAGUGCUGCCCAGAAAGCUGUACCCGAGAGCUCAGAACAAGACAUGAAGAAUGGCUUAGAAGAUCUCCGGACUGAGCGAUUACAAAAAGCAACAGAGCGUUGUAGAAAUCCUGUUGUGUUCAGCAAGGAUUCUACAGUCAGAAAAACUCAACUUCAGUCUUUCAGUCAGUAUGUUGAGAAUAGACCAGAGAUGAAAAGGCAGAGAUCAAUACAGGAAGAUGCAAAGAAAGGCAAUGAGGAGAAGGCAGCGAUAACUGAGACUCAGAGGAAGCCAUCAGAAGACGAAGUACUUAAUAAAGGGUUCAAAGACACCAGUCAGUAUGUUGUAGGAGAAUUGGCAGCACUAGAGAAUGAGCAAAAGCAAAUUGACACCCGUGCCGCGCUGGUGGAGAGGCGCCUUCGCUAUCUCAUGGACACAGGAAGGAACACAGAAGAAGAAGAAGCCAUGAUGCAGGAAUGGUUUAUGUUAGUUAAUAAGAAAAAUGCCUUAAUCCGGAGAAUGAACCAGCUCUCUCUCCUGGAAAAAGAACAUGAUUUAGAACGAAGGUACGAGCUGCUGAACCGCGAGCUGCGAGCCAUGCUGGCCAUUGAAGACUGGCAGAAGACUGAGGCCCAGAAGCGGCGCGAGCAGCUCCUGCUGGACGAGCUGGUGGGCCUGGUAGACAAGCGUGAUGCGCUCGUCAGGGACCUGGACGCGCAGGAGAAGCAGGCUGAAGAAGAAGAUGAGCAUUUGGAGCGAACUCUGGAGCAAAACAAAGGCAAGAUGGCCAAGAGGGAGGAGAAGUGCGUUCUUCAGUAGCCACGGACCAGACCAGGAACAGACUGGCUGAUUUAAAACUUUUUAGCGCUUUGUUUGACUGGAUUGUACUUCUAUACCACCGCGCCUCUUCCUCCUUUCCAGAUAAUAUACAGAACUCCAGAUAGCUUUAAGGAUUUGUGUGUGUGUGUGUGUGUGUUAAUCAUGGAAUCAUCUUUGAAUCAUGUGAAAUAGAUUUGCACAGACUUUGUGAAUGAUUGGCAUUGGAGAUGUUCAAGAGACUGUUCAAAGCAGGAAAAAAAAUGCUUCCCUUAUUAUUUCCUCUCCCUUUUGGAUGGGAUGAAAUUUCAAAACAUUUCUGUAGUUGUGGUUGUUGGUAAUAACAUAAUGACAGUGGGGGGGAGGGGGGAUAAGAAAGUGUCCUGCCAUAUGUAACACUUUGUUACCUACAUUUCAUAGUUAGAUUGUAUUCAUAUACUGAUUAAACUGUGUUCCCUUUACCAGUGGGGUUUUCUGCAGUUGUUUUGCAUUUCGCUGUAAGGAAACUAGAGUUUCCCUCUGUUUUCCUCAGAGACUGGCCCUUUAAAGUAGCCUGAGACAAACCCUGUGAUUUGAAAGGUGAACUGUAGAACCAGACUAUUGACAGGCAGCAAUUUACAAAGACAGUUUUAUCAUCUGACAAUGCGCCAUCUUGUUCUCUGAAUAAUUAUUUAUUACAUCUUGCUUGGUUCUUUUUGUUGGGGCUCAACAUUGGCUCAAGAAUGCUGUUAAUAUUUAUUCUGUAUUGAUUAAAAAAAAUCUGUCUUGGCACUACAAGUAAAUCUCCCCAGUUCAUAUUUUCUUCUCUAGCAUAGCACUGUGGUUUUGUGUGUGUGUAUGUGUGUGUGUGUGUGAAAAUGGUUAUUUAUUACAAUACUGAGUCAUAUAUAAAUUUUCAAUAAAAGCAGAAACUUUCUUACCUUAAA